AUGUCACGGCCAACCCAGACACGGGAGCAGGUUGGGCCUGGCUUCAGCCCCAGGGAGCUCGUGCUUGAUGACCUGAAGCGGCUGCCCUACCUUUCAUCGGCCCUCAAGGAGGCGAUGCGUAUGCUGCCGGUGGUCUCCAUCAUGGGCAGGGUGGCUGAGAGGACCGUCAAGGUGGGGCCCUACACGGUGCCACCUGGCACCAUCGUGGCGACGCCGCUGUUCGCUAUCCACAACACCAAGCACAACUGGGACGCGCCGGAGGAGUACAGGCCGGAGCGCUGGGAGAGCGUGCCUGUGGAGACGUAUGUCUGGGACGGCCGCGAGGGCGCCUCCGCCGCCGGCAGUGGCGCCGGCAGCGGGGACACCAGGAGCGGGGGCGGCGACAGCAGAGGCGGCGCAGCGGGCGGCCCUACGUGCGCCAGGAGGGGCAUUACCUUCAUGCCGUUCUCAGAGGGGCCGCGCAACUGCGUCGGCCAGUCGCUUGCCAAGAUGGAGGUGAUGGCGCUGCUGGCGAAGCUGCUAGCCAGCUUCCAGAUCGAGCUGGCGCCCGAGAUGGGCGGGCGCGAGGGCGUCAGGGGCAGGGAGAGCACCCACCUCACGCUGCAGACGGCAGGCACCAAGGGCAUUCGCUGCCGCCUGCGCCCACGCAGCGACGCUGUGGGCGCAGGCCGCGCUAGCGCGGGCGCGCCAGCGGGCGCGUAA